AUUUGGUAAGUAGCUAUACGUCCAUCAUUAUCUGCAUGCAAUGGCAGUGCUACCUGCAAUACUGCUUCAACUAUUGCAACAACAACAAGGGCUUCUCCUUUUAGUAUCUCUUUUCGUUUCAUUCCUAUUUCUGUUUAGAGCCAGUAGAGCUUCCUUAAACAAACCCAAUUUUCCACCGUCUCCACCAAAGCUUCCAAUUGUUGGAAAUUUUCACCAACUAGGAACACUCCCCCACCGCUCUCUUGCAGCCCUGUCCGAGAAAUAUGGACCCCUCAUGCUCUUACACCUGGGCAGUUUUCCCACUCUUGUGGUCUCCUCUGCAAAUAUGGCUAGAGAGAUUAUAAAGACCCAAGAUCUCGUCUUCUCAAAUAGGUUUGCAACUAAAGCAACAAAUACAUUCUCCUAUGGAUGUACUGACAUUGCUUUUUCACCCUACAGUGAGUACUGGAGAGAGGUAAGAAAGAUUUGUUUCAUCAAGCUCUUGACCGGAAAGAGAGUGAAGUCAUUCAAGUUUGUAAGGGAAGAAAAAGUAGCCACUAUGAUGGAGGAGAUAAGUCGCUCCUGCCAACUGGGUAUCCCAGUUGAUAUAGGUCAGUUGAUGCAAACUAUGACCUAUAGUUUAAUAUCUUCAGUAACCGUAGGCCGGAACCGUAGAGAAAAGGAUGGCAGUAGAAGAUUAAGGAAUUUGAUCAAGGAGGUGCUGGUCAUCAUGGGAGCUUUUAGCAUGCAAGAUUUCUUCCCAUUCUUGGGAUGGAUUGAUACACUCACUGGGUUUCGUGGGAAGAUAAAGAAGACUUGGAAAGAGUUGGAUGCCGUCCUUGAUCAGAUAAUCCAACAACAUCUCAAUUCCGAAAGAAAUGAUGGUGAGGUAGAUGAACAGGAUUUUGUGGGUACUUUACUGCAAGCUCAAAAAGAUCUAAAUCUCAGUAGAGACAAUGUAAAAGCAGUCACCUUGGACAUGUUUGUUGCUGGAAUUGAUACAUCAACUGUUACUCUGGAUUGGGCUAUGGCAGAGCUUGCCAAAAAACCCAAUGUGAUGAAGAAAGCCCAAGAAGAGGUACGAAGAGUGGUUGGUCAAAAAUCCAAGGUUGAAGAAGAUGACAUUAGUCGGAUGGACUACUUACACCGUAUCAUAAAGGAGACUCUGAGAUUACACCCACCUGGUCCCUUUCUGAUUCCAAGAGAAUCCAUUACAGCUACUACCAUUGAUGGUUACCAUAUCCCUUCUAAAACCAGGGUCUUUAUCAAUGCUUGGGCAAUCCAAAGGGACCCCAAAUUAUGGGAUAAUCCACAUGAGUUUAUUCCAGAAAGAUUUAUCAAUAACCCAAUUGAUUUUAAUGACCAGGACUUGCAACUUCUUCCUUUUGGGGUAGGGCGUAGGCGAUGCCCCGGCAUGUCCUUUGGUUUGGCAUCUCUGGAGCUAACUCUUGCCAACCUCUUGUAUUGGUUCGACUGGGAGUUUCCCAUCCUUACAAAUGAGGAAACUAUAGACAUGACUGAGGUUUCUGGGCUUAAUGUGUUUAGAAAAACUCCUCUUUAUCUUCUUCCCAAGCUUCACUUUUCUUAAACUACUAAGAUUAUCCCUAUUCCCUACUAUGUCUUCUGCAUUUUGUUUGUGUUCAAUUGAAAAUGCACCAAAUUCAUAUUCCCUCAACCUCUAGGAGGCUUAUGACUCAAUUGUGAUGAGCUAUACACUUUCACGGCCUCAUACCUAAGGAUGUCAAUGCCUCAAUGGGUCAGGUUAAAUGGAAAACUGGCUUGACCCGAUCCUAUAAGGUUGGGUUAGGGUUCAAGUUUAUUUGGUGAAGGGCUGGGUUAGAUUUGUGUUUUGUUGACUCAGUUUUAUAGCCGGAGAGCAUUCUUGCAAUUUGGUAUGAUUUGUAAUUCUAUAAAUUUAAAAUUUAGGAUUUCUUUUCAA